AUGCCUCUCGGACUGCACAACCCCCUGCCCUCGUCCGUCGCAAGCGAGAUCAAGAAGACGGGCAAGAUUCUCACCUCCUUCAUAGACCCAAGGCAAUCCUUUGGGCCCGACAAGAUCAUUCCCCCGCAGAUUCUCGCGAAUGCCAAAGGCCUCGCUAUCCUCACCGUCUUCAAGGCCGGCUUCCUAGGUUCUGGCCGUUUCGGCUCUGGCGUCGUCGUCGCCCGUCUUGCCGAUGGCAGCUGGUCGGCCCCCUCCGCCAUCGGCACCGUGGGCGGUGGGUUCGGUGGUCAGAUCGGGUUUGAACUGACCGAUUUCGUCUUCAUUCUCAACGAUGCGGCGGCUGUCAGGACCUUUGCGCAGGCCGGUUCGCUGACGCUGGGUGGCAACGUCUCCAUCGCUGCGGGGCCGGUCGGUCGCAAUGCCGAGGCAGCAGGCGCAGCGAGCUUGAAGAGCGUGGCGGGUGUUUUCGCAUACUCCAAGACCAAGGGUCUCUUUGCCGGCGUCAGUCUGGAGGGCAGCGUCUUGAUUGAGCGCCGCGAUGGCAACGAAAAACUCUACGGACGUCGCGUUCCCGCGCGCCAGAUCCUCGAGGGCGCAGUCCCUAUCCCGCCUGCCGCGGAGCCGCUGAUGCGCGUGCUGAACUCGCGCGUCUUCGCCGGUGUCGCUGGCAAUGGUCCCGCCUCGGAUUCCAUGUACAACGACAUGCCUGUGUACGACGACUCGUACGACGACUCGGUCUGGCAGGGCAGUCGUGGCUCCGCUUACGGCGAGAGCCUUCGCGGCAGCCGUAAUGGAUCCGUGGCCAGCUUUGAUAGGCCCCAGCGCGCCAGCACCUGGAGAGAUGACAUUUACGACAGCUCUCCUUCUCAAAAUACUGGUGGUCUUAACCGGUCUUUCAGCACCCGCGCAAACCCCAGCGAAACCUUCGACAGCAUGGAGCGCCGCAACCGCGGCCUCAGCGCCGACUACACGUACAGCGACAGGCCCAAGGUUGCGCCAGGAAGACCGGCGGCACCGAAGCCGCAGUUCGCCGCGGCCAAGAGGCAGAGCUUGGCGGCAAACCAGGCCAUUGCUAAGUUCACGUUCGCGGCAGACCAACCUGGCGACCUUGGGUUCAAGAAGGGAGAUGUGAUUACUGUGCUCAAGAGAACGGAGAACGACACAGAUUGGUGGACGGGCAGAAUUGGCAAUCGGGAGGGCAUCUUCCCGAGCAACUACGUCCAGAUGGCCUAA